CUAUACUUGCUACUACUAUAUAUACAUGACCUAGAUAAGGCAUACGUGCUAUCUGAACCUUUUUGCAUCCUUAUCUCUUCUUCUCCUCAAUUUCUUCAAGAGAGUUCCAACAGUUGUUAUUCUCCGAGAUGGCAAGAAUAGCAUUUGGAAGGUUUAAUGAUUCUUUCAGUUUGGGGUCCUUUAAGGCCUACGUUGCUGAGUUCAUCUCAACCUUGCUCUUCGUUUUUGCAGGAGUUGGUUCAGCCAUAGCUUACAACAAGUUGACAUCCAAUGCUGCUCUUGAUCCUGCUGGACUCGUAGCCAUUGCCAUCUGCCAUGGCUUUGCUCUCUUUGUUGCAGUUUCAGUUGCUGCCAACAUCUCUGGGGGCCAUGUGAACCCAGCUGUCACAUUCGGAUUGGCUCUUGGUGGCCAAAUCACUAUCCUCACUGGCAUCUUCUACUGGAUUGCCCAGCUUCUUGGUGCCAUUGUUGCAUGCUUCAUCCUCAAGUUCGUCACCGGAGGCUUGACAAUUCCUAUCCACACUGUGGCUGCUGGAGUUGGAGCCAUUGAAGGAGUUGUGUUUGAGAUCAUCAUUACUUUUGCUUUGGUUUACACCGUCUAUGCAACAGCAGCUGACCCCAAGAAGGGAGACGUAGGCACAAUUGCUCCCAUUGCCAUUGGUUUCAUUGUUGGGGCCAACAUCUUGGCUGCAGGACCCUUCUCCGGCGGGUCAAUGAACCCUGCCCGAUCAUUUGGACCCGCCGUUGUCAGCGGAGACUUCACCGACAACUGGAUCUACUGGGUUGGACCCCUCAUUGGUGGUGGUCUUGCUGGCCUUAUCUAUGGCAAUGUAUUCAUUCACUCUGAGCACCAACCCUUAGCCAGUACUGAAUAUUGAUUUGAUUGAGCUAGAGUUGAGAUUGUUGGAUGAUCGAGUGCCUAGCCUAGCUAGUUGGCUUUGUAAUAAAAGGAGGAAGAGCAAAAUUUUUUGGUUUUGCUUCCUUUUGUUUUCAAAUUUUCAUUUGUUUAUUUUCUCUGCUUUGAACCUCCAUUUCCUUUGUGCUGUUGUACAGCCCAUUUGUAGGUCACUUUUUCUAUGUGAAAUGAAAAUGAAUGAAGUUGCUGGUGAAAAUGCAAUUAAUA